CUAUAUCUCCAGCGAAGCUGUCUGUGUUUACGAACCCAAAAGCAAAGAAAAAGUUAAAAAAAGUCCUGGAAAAGCCAACCCCACAAACCUUCAGAACAAAAUAAUUCAGAUUAAGAAAUAAGGUUUCUCUCGCUGUUGCAGAGUCACUAUCGAAUCCGCCAAAAACAAAAAAGAAGACCAGAAAAUAAGGAGACCUCGCAAGCUUUCCUUCCGUUCCGUCGUCUUCCUCACUAGUCGCCAUCACUUACAUGGUUCCUUGAAAGUCCCGAUAAAUUUAACACCGAGCAUUUAUUGGGGGCUCUUUCUUCUUCCUUGCUCAAUCAUUUUUGCACCGUCUCUCCCUCUCUCCCUCUCUCUCUCUAACUCCACACGUGCAUUCUCACAUUCUUCUCUUCUUUCCAUUUGAAUGACAGUAUCGGAGUCGCAAAGGUAAUGGUUAUACUCGCCGAAUAGACAUCCCCGGGGACAUUGGAGGAGACUGCGAGCUCUGCUAGGGUUUUCUCGGAUGCGAGUUUGGAUCAGGAAUGGAGGCGAGAAUGAACAAAUACCGGCAAGUGAGCCCAGAGAGGGCUAAAGUGUGGACGGAGAGGUCGCCAAAGUAUCGCCAGCAGAACCAGAAGGUGGCUGUGGUUUACUACCUAUGUAAGAAUCGCCAGCUGGAGCACCCGCACUUCAUUGAGGUGCCGUUGUCAUCGCCGGACGGUCUUUACUUGAGAGAUGUGAUUGAGAAGCUCAAUGUUUUAAGAGGAAGAGGAAUGGCUUCCAUGUACUCUUGGUCUUCUAAGAGAAGCUACAAGAAUGGAUUUGUUUGGCAUGAUCUCAGUGAAGAUGACCUUAUUCUUCCUGCUCAUGGAAAUGAGUAUGUUCUCAAAGGCUCCGAGCUCUUUGAGGAAUCCAAUCCAGAUAAUUUCAGUACUGGAAAUAUAAAGAUUAAAAAUCUGAAACAAUCACCGGAACCAAUAUCCUCUAUGAGUCAAGAUGAUUCCUCAUCAUCUUCGAGCCUAAAUGGAAAGGAGACUAAGCAUUCUCAGGAUGAUGAACUUUCCCCUCCGGCUCAACGUCCUGGUUCCUCUGGUGUGUCUCCAGAAUCCAGUGUUGGUAAGAAUUCGUCCUGUAAUGUUUCUCUGAGCUUGACCGAAUACAAGAUCUAUAAAAGUGAGGGGUCGGCUGAUGCUUCAACACAGACCGAGGAAAAUGUAGGUGGACCUAAGACCCAAAAAACUUGCACAAGAGGUGUUUCAACUGAAGACGGUUCACUAGAAUCGGAAUGCAAUGAUAAUUACCGAAAUCGGGUUCCACAUGGGAAAGAUAAUUCUGAAAUCACUGGGGAUUCAGUCUCCCCUCCCCCCUCUUCCUCAAGUGCUUCUUCGUCAGGUGGGAAGACUGAAACUUUAGAAUCUUUGAUCAGAGCUGAUGCUAGUAAAAUCAACAGUUUUAGGAUUCUUGAAGAGGAAGAUAUCCGGAUGCCUACAAAUGCAAAGCUGAAGGCUACAAAUGUGCUGAUGCAACUGAUCUCAUGUGGGUCAAUAUCAGUGAAAGACCACAGUUUUGGCAUUGUUCCAACCUAUAGGGCAAAGUUUUCCCAUUCAAAAUUUUCCUCCCCGCUAUUCCCUACUUUAAUGUUUGGUGAGCUUGAUUGCCUCUCGGAGAAUCCAAGGUUGAUGGGGUUGAGGUUGGAAGAUAAAGAAUACUUUAGUGGGAGCUUGGUUGAGACGAAAAUGCUCAAGGAGGAAGGAGGUGGAGCUUCUCUGCAGCGUUCUUCUUCCUACAAUGCUGACAGGGCUUGUAAGCAGCUAGCUCCAGUUGAUGGCACUGAGGACUCAACCUCAGAGAGUUCAAAGUGCAUUCCUCUAUCUAUCAAGGCUUCAAUAACCAAACAACCGAGGAGUGAAUCCAUGAGGUCGUCUCCUAUUUCUGAGAAACCAAGGAACUCAUCUGAAGAGAUUGAUGGAUCACAAGCUAUAUCCAGUCGCACUUGUAAUGGUGGCAGUAAAAGAAUGAUUGAAGCUGGUAAAUCGAAGCGGCCAGAUCCAUCCAGAAUAGAGAAAGAGAAGGUGAUCAAAAUCGAAGAAAGGCUUGCUUCAGGAGCUCGGGUUAUAAUUCAAUCCAAAUCACCUUGCGACACUACCGUCUGCAGCGCGUAGAGCAUAUAUAGGUAAACCUAUCAGUUCUUUUUGGAAAAUCUUGAGGACAAGCAAAACUACUGGUUUGCUGAAUUGGUUUGAAUUUCAAAUGACAGUAAAAUUGUUAGCUGGACAAGUUUUCAUUUUGUAAAUCUAAAGUGUAAUUAGAAAGGAUGACACGAUGGAGGACAAGUGCGGGUGUGCUCUUACUUAGUGGACCAUGGCCUGAGUUUUGCAUCUGAGUUGGAGUCAGCUUGAUGGAAUAGGAUUUACUUUCACACGUUAA